UAGUUAGUAGCACUAGUAGAUACUUUCUCGGGUUACAUCGUAACAGGAGAUAAUUUCAGUUGGAAUUACGGUCACGAAUCUUUGUUUCUUCAAGAAUAGGAUCAAAACUCGAGAACAGUGUAGUCGGUAUUCAGUGCAGUAAAGGAAGUAGUUGAUAAAUUUGAUCGAUGAUAGAUACAUCACCAACGAAAACAACAAAACAUGCCUCCGAUACGCUUGUGAAUUGAUUGCACGAUUCGUGCAGAUUUGUCGUUUAACUAUUAAAGAUGUGCGUCACGAAAGUUUGAGCCUUACCGUACGAUGCAGUCCAUUUAUUGGACCGGAAGGUUGCUAACUCGGGCGAUAUGGAAUGGCAUAUCGAAUUAUACAGCGUGCGCCGAUCCUAAUGUGAAUAAACGUCGCGAAGCAUCAUUCAUUUCAGCUGUGUGUGGCUUUCCAAAAGAUUUUUCACGAGGACGUAUACGUAAGGGACAGUUCGGUGAUGACGCUUGGUUUAGUGCCAAAUUUAAGACUGUCGAAGUAAUAGGUGUAGCAGAUGGUGUAGGUGGAUGGAGGCAUUAUGGAAUCGAUCCAGGAGAAUUUUCUAAUUUUCUAAUGAGAACUUGUGAAAGACUGGUCUCUAUGGGCAGGUUCACACCUUCUGAACCAGCUGGUUUAUUAGCACGUAGUUACUAUGAAUUAUUAGAAAGUAAACAACCCAUAUUAGGUAGCAGUACUGCAUGUGUUAUAGUUCUCAAUAAAGAGACAAGCAGCAUUUAUGCAGCUAAUAUAGGUGAUAGCGGUUUUGUAGUUGUAAGAAAAGGAGAAGUAGUUCAUCGUUCUUCCGAACAGCAACACUACUUUAAUACUCCAUUUCAGUUGUCUCUUCCACCUCCAGGACAUUCUGGUCUGGUACUUAGCGACAGUCCAGAAUCUGCUGAUACUUCAAGUUUUGGUGUUGAAGAUGGUGAUGUAAUUCUUUUAGCAACAGAUGGUGUAUUCGAUAAUGUGCCUGACCAAUUACUUAUCACUGAAAUGCGUAGAGUUCAAGGAGAAAGAGAUCCUACUAAGAUACAAGGAGUUGCGAACUCAAUAGCCUGGAUGGCUCGUAGUUUAGCUUUUGAUGGCGCAUUUAUGUCUCCAUUUGCCCAAAGUGCUAGAGAAAAUGGAAUUGACACUAUAGGUGGUAAACCAGAUGACAUUACAGUGCUUUUAGCAACGGUGGCAAUAUAAUAAA